GUGGUGUUGAAAAGGGUCGGUUACAGCCCGCUCAGCCCAGCCUAAGGCAUGAGGUGAAUGGUCAUGAUGAAGAUGGAAAUGAGCUACAGACAACACCAGAGUUCAGAGCACAUGUUGCAAAGAAACUGGGAGCAAUGCUAGACAGCUUCAUCACUGUCCUGAAGGACUCGCCAGGACCUUCACGAACUUCCCUGCAACCGUCUGACUCUGCAGAUGAUGGUUUUCGCCUCUUCUCUUCCUCUGUCCCAGGAGACUGUGGGAAAUCAGCGCCUUGCCCUGCAGCAAGGAGGAGACGGCCAUCUAGCUCCAGUGACACGGACAGUGACCAAGAGUGGCAAAGGUACCAGGAGGCUGCUGUGUCAGCCGCAGACAUUCUGAAGCAAUGUGCUUUUCCUGCACUGUCUCAGGACUCCAGCCAGAAUCAGAGUCAGGGUUAUGUAGAGCACAGCCAGAAAAAAAAGAAGAAAAAGAAAAUCAGGAGAGAGAACAAUAUUCAAGAGAAAAUAAUAGACCCAGCAGAGUGCGACCAGAUCUGCAAAGAUUUGCCACGGCUGGUGUCUGCAAAUGGACAACACGAGAGAUGGGACAGCAGUCAUGCAGAGAACUCCCUGUUGCCAGGAGUUACAAAGAGGAAAAAGAAGAAG